AUGUGGGGCUCCCAGGAGCUGCUUCCCCUCUGGUUCCUGGUCCUGGCAGCAGGCGGCACGGAGCACGUCUACCGGCCUGGACGCAGGGUGUGUGUCGUCGGGGCUCCCCAGGGCCCUGUGUCCGAGUCUUUCGUGCAGCGUGUAUACCAGCCCUUCCUCACCACCUGCGAUGGGCACCGAGCCUGCAGCACCUACCGGACCCUCUACAGGACCGCCUACCGCCGCCGCCCUGGGCCGGCCCCUGCCCGGCCUCGCUACGCCUGCUGCCCUGGCUGGAAGCGGACCGGCGGGCUGCCAGGGGCCUGUGGGGCAGCAAUAUGCCAGCCACCAUGUCAGAAUGGAGGGAGCUGUGUCCAGCCUGGCCGCUGUCACUGCCCUGCAGGAUGGCGGGGCGACGCCUGCCAGACAGAUGUGGACGAGUGCCGCGCCGGAGGGGGCGGCUGUCCCCAGCACUGUGUAAACACGGCGGGCAGUUACUGGUGCCGGUGUCGGGAGGGCCACUGGCCAUCUGUGGACGGGGCAGUCUGCCUGCCUGAGAGAGGGGCCCCCAGGGUGACCCCAGGCCCUGCGACAGGAGCAGACAGUGAGGUGAAGGAGGAAGUACAGAGGCUCCAGUCAAGGGUGGAUGUGCUGGAGCAGAAGCUGCAGCGCGUGCUGGCCCCACUGCACGGCCUGGCCUCGCGCGCCCUGGAGCGCGGGCUCCCUGACCCGGGCAGCCUCCUGGCCCACUCCCUCCAGCAGCUGGACCGCAUCGACUCUCUGAGCGAGCAGAUCUCCUUCCUGGAAGAGCAGCUGGGCUCCUGUUCUUGCAAGAAGGAGGUGUGA